CGUGCCAACAGCCUUCAAUGCACACUUUCCACCCCAUUACAUCCACCACUCCACGUCACACCGCGACACUUCCUGCCUUAUAACAGUUUAAGGAUACCUCGUGUGGUACAAGUCCUACAAGAUCCUUCCGUCCCCUCAGAGACAUGGUUCAGGGUACUACGGUGUGUGGGACCUUCGUCACUCGGAGGACUUUGGGCUUCAUGACUGGAAUCCUGGUGUGUCUGCUCAUCUUUGGCUGCAUCAGUAUCGGGAUCGGGGCGGGCAUGACGUGUCUUGGUAUAUACGAUUACAGCUAUCACUCCUGCGUCUCCACACACAACACCCUCAUCAUCAACGGCGGCGUGCUGGUGGGAUUCUCAGUGCUCGGCCUGAUAUUUGCCGGAGUGCUGCAAUGCCAGCUAAAGGACCAGCCCAUCCUGCCGCAGACCAUGAAUGUUCCGCACAUCCUCGCCAUGCCCGGAAAUACGGCGAUCGUCACGAACUAGUCAUGACAGCUGCAAAGCCCGCCCAAUCAAAGCUAACCUCAGCAAUCCCUGGUGCUGCGUGCAUUGCAUAAAUAUUUCCAGCGUGUUCAUUGUUACUGUGUGUGUGUGUGUGUGUGUGUGUGUGUGUGUGUGUGUGUGUGUGUGUGUGUGUGUGUGUGUGUGUGUGUGUGUGUGUGUGUGUGUGUGUGUGUGUGUGUGUGUGUGUGUGUGUGUGUGUGUGUGUGUGUGUGUGUGUGUGUGUGUGUGUGUGUGUGUGUGUGUGUGUGUGUGUGUGUGUGUGUGUGUGUGUGUGUGGUGUGUGUGUGUGUGUAUGGGAAUUUUUAUCUUAACAUGGAAAUAGCUUUUUGAGGGAAAACUGUAACAAACUAGGGCAUAUCAGGUCAUGUCAAUAAAUGAUAAAUCAGUAGUAGAGGUAGUAGAGGUAGCAGAGGUAGCAGAGUAGCGGAGAGAGAUCAGAGAUAUGAGAGGCUUGGCCUGAGGAUGGAUGGCCUGGGGCGAUAAGGAGGGCAUCACGUGAAGAAAGUGGAGCUUAUAAGUUGUAAUGCAGUUUUGAAAUCAAUUAUCUCAAGAUUAGUUGGCGGGAGAAAUAAUAUCAGAAUGUACGUUAAUUAUUUUGAUCCAUGCACAUGUUUAUGUUUUGUAAUGGAUGUGUUGUGUUGUGUUGUGUGUGCUUUUCUUACUGAAUUAUAAUUGUAUUAAUGUGACGCUAUUAUGUGUUUUCCUGACCGAAUAUUCAUUGUGUGAAAAGCAGAGACGCGACAUCAUGCGUGCUUCUUUACUGAGUGGUAACUGCGUAAAUCGUCGUAGCGCAGACACUGUGCAUGUUUUCCUGUACGAGGAUCAAAGAAUUUAUUGAUAAUUGAUACCACGCCGUGUGUAUUUUGUGUAAGAAGAUUACAGUUAUUCUUGAAUAUUGAUUGAAGAUGAGGAUCUUGUAAUUAUUAUCACUGGCAAGGAAAAGUAUGAUUGUAUAAAGCCAGUUAUUUUGCUGGCGACGUACUGGAUAUGCUCUCUGUAUUAAUAGUAUUCAUUAAAUUAAAAGAACUUACUUGAGAAUUGAUAUCCAGUAGGUAGAGGAACUGUGCAGCAUCCCGGUCACGACAACACACACACACACACACACACACACACACACACACACACACACACACACAUGAACGUCUGUCACCUUGAGCAGGUAAUGCCACCAAGACACAAUGCUUCACUUGAGUCGCCGUACACAGUUUUGCAGGACAGAAGACAAACCUGCAGCCAUUAAUUGCAGCCACUCAUUAAACCACUCCGUCCAUCACUCCUGCUCGAGGUGGUCUGAGUGUUCCAUGUGCCAUUUUCUUUAACCAUGUACAAUUUAGAGCAUAUGAUAAUAAAGCUUACGUUGGCAAA